AUGGCUUCCACCCUGGAAAUCGAUGCUCAGGAUGUAGUUAAGUUGUUUCUUCAAUUUUGCAAAGAGAAUUCCCUGCCUCAUACUUUUCAGACACUUCAAAACGAGUGUCGGGUUUCUCUAAAUUCCGUAGACAACCUUGAAACCUUUAUGGCCGAUGUUAGUUCUGGUAGAUGGGAAUCUGUGAUACCCCAUCUCUCACAACUGAAUCUGCCCAGAAAUUUAUUGGAAGAUUUGUACGAACAGAUUGUUUUAGAGAUGAUCGAACUUCAGGAAACAGAUACCGCGCGCGCUGUUUUACGACAAACCCAAGUCUUAGCUUUCAUGAAACAGGAUCAACCCGAUCGAUACUUGAGACUGGAACGUCUUCUUGUUCGUCCAUACUUUGAUCCCCGUGAACUCUAUCCAGAGCAUUCAAGUAAGGAGAAAAGGCGCGGCGAAAUCGCCCGAGCUCUCUCAGAAUACGUCUCCGUGAUUCCGCCUUCGCGGUUGACCGUGGUGAUAGGUCAGGCUUUGAAGUGGCAGCAGCAUCAGGGAUUGAUUCCGGCCGGAACACAGUUUGAUUUACUUAGAGGAAUGGCUGCGAUGAGAACAAAAGACUCCGAAGAUAAGCAUCCCACGACGCUCGUUCGCGUGAUUAAGUUCGGGAAGACGAAUUAUCCUCAGUGUUGUCAGUUCUCGCCUGAUGGCCAAUUUCUCGUUUCCGGGUCGUCUGACGGAUUGAUUGAGGUUUGGGAUGGAUUAACGGGUAAACUGUUGACACAGGAUCAUUUCCGGUACCAGGCGAACGGAGAUUUCAUGAUUCAUAAUGAUGCUGUCCAUUGUCUCGCUUUCAGCAGAGAUUCUGAAAUGCUGGCUUCGGGUUCGGAAGAUGGAAAAGUUAAGAUUUGGAGGAUAAGAAGCGGACAGUGUUUGAGGCGUCUCGAGCGCGCGCAUUCUCAAGGUGUAACCAGUGUUUCGUUCUCCCGCGACGGGACUCAGAUACUGAGCGCAUCUCCCGACGGCACCGCCAGAAUUCACGGUUUGAAGUCCGGAAGAAUGCUGAAGGAAUUUCGGGGGCACGCAUCUUUCGUGAACGACGCGAGAUUUGCCGCAGACGGGAAUCACAUUAUCACGGCAUCCAGUGAUUUUACUGUGAAAGUGUGGGAUGUUAGAAAUGCCGAGUGCCUGCGGACUUUCAAGCCGCCGCCUCUUUCCUUAAACGGAGGAGGCGACGUGGCCUUGAAUUCGGUCCAUCAUUUCCCGAAGAAUCCCGACGACCAUAUCGUGGUUUGUAACAGGAGCUCGUAUGUAUAUAUCAUGACAUUGAAAGGGCAAGUGGUAAAAAGCUUCUUCUCAGGUAAAAGAGAAGGUGGUGAUUUUGUGGCUGCUUGUGUAUCACCUAAAGGAGAGUACAUUUACUGCGUGGGGGAGGACAAUAAAAUGUACUGUUUCAAUUAUCAAUUAGGUACAUUGGAGUAUUUACUGCCGAUCCACGAGAAGAAGGAAGUGAUGGCAAUAGCACAUCAUCCCCAUAGGAAUCUUGUGGCUACUUGUAGUAAAGAUUGCACCAUGAAAUUGUGGGAGCCUUGA